UAACUCUUUAAAUCUGUCAUUUCAAUUGUCAAGGAAAAGAAAUUUCCACUUUUAUAGAAUUUACUGAUAAUUGGGAAAUAAAUCAAAGGGUUAUUCUAAAAUACUUACAAACAUGUCGCGUCAUCGAGAUAUAAGAAAUAUGGAUUAUUCUGAAGAUUAUGAUGGUUAUGAUGAUGUGUAUGGACAUUCUGUUGAUGAUGAUAUAUAUAUUUCACCAAGCCACACUCAGUUUAUGUAUAACAGGGAAUCAUCUGGGCAAUCCAGAAGUGAUUAUCCGAUGGAAGAAGAUAUUGAAGAGGAAGAUGAAUCAGAAGAGGUUCUAAAAUUAACAGACGAAGAUAAAGCCAAAUUAGAAUCUUGUUUAGAACAUGUCAAGUCUGUGUUUGCUCCAAUGAGGAUGCCAAGACAUGAAUUAGUAAAGAUAAUUAUUAGUCAGAAGUUCGAUUGCGAGAAAAUUGUCAACUCUAUUUUGAAAUCCCAAUGUUCACCACCAACAGAAAGACGAGAUAAAGGUUUUCUACCAACAACAACUAUAAUCCCAUCAAAAGUUAUUGUUCCAACUACUGUCAACAUUAUCAAAGGUUUUGAAAUCGAUUCAUCAGCUACAAUUUCAAGAUCACAGUCACCAUCAUCUGGAAGAGGUACACCAGUUGUUAACCAGAAUCAAGAGGCAGAGGAGGCUAAGAGCAACAAAAAAGAUGCAAGAAUAAGUGAAGAUCAAUACAAGAAGGAACGUGGUGAUAUGAAAGAACAUCUGUAUAUGAUUGUUAUUGGACAUGUAGAUGCUGGUAAAUCUACUCUGAUGGGCCACAUUCUAUAUGCAAUGGGACAGGUAAAUCAAAGAACAAUGCACAAAUAUGAACAAGAGAGCAAAAAACUAGGGAAACAGAGUUUUAUGUAUGCUUGGGUUCUAGAUGAGACUGGGGAGGAAAGAACAAGAGGCAUUACCAUGGAUGUUGGAAGGUGUCAAUUUGAAACAAACACAAAAAUGGUGACUCUUUUGGAUGCACCAGGGCAUAAAGAUUUCAUUCCUAACAUGAUAUCAGGCGCUGCCCAAGCAGAUGUUGCUCUACUCGUGGUUGAUGCAACAAGAGGUGAAUUUGAAACUGGUUUUGAUUUUGGAGGCCAAACCAGAGAACAUGCACUCCUUGUUAGGUCUCUUGGAGUGACUCAACUUGCUGUUGCUAUAAACAAAUUAGAUACAGUUUCCUGGUCACAACAGAGAUUUGAUGAGAUAAUUGAUAAAAUGAAAUCCUUUUUGAAACAAGCUGGCUUCAAAGAUUCUGAUAUAACUUAUGUCCCAUGUAGUGGACUCACUGGGCAGAAUUUGGUGAAGAAGCCAACUGAGGAUAAUCUCUUGAUAUGGUACAAUGGUCCCAGUUUAUUGGAAGUUAUAGAUGGAUUUCGUCCGCCCUUGAGACCAGUAUCAAAACCCUUCAGGCUAUCAAUAAAUGAUAUAUUCAAGGGUACUGGAUCAGCAUUUUGUAUUUCUGGACGAGUUGAAACAGGUGCUUUAAAUGUUGGUGACAAGGUACUAGUAUGUCCAAAUAAGGAAACAGCUAGUGUUAAAUCUUUAUCGAUAGAUGAAGUAUCACAAAAUGUAGUAUUUGCUGGCGAUCAGGCUACUGUUACGUUAUCUGGUAUUGAUAUGCAGAAUGUUUCUGUGGGAAAUAUCCUAUGUGAUCCCCAAAAUCCAGUCCAGGUGGCGUCAAAGUUUGAAACAAGGAUAGUUGUUUUUAAUCUGACGGUACCAAUUACUAAAGGUUGUAAUGUUGUAUUGCACCAUCAAUCUUUAGAAGAACCUGCUGUGAUUUGCAAGUUGGUAGCUCAAUUAAACAAGAGUACUGGAGAACAGAUCAAGAAACACCCUAGAUUUCUUGUGAAUAAUACAAGUGCCAUUGUACAGGUACAAUUAUCAAAGGCCAUCGGGAUGGAACUUUACAGUGACUGUAAAGAGUUAGGAAGAGUAAUGCUGAGACAAAGUGGGGUUACUAUCGCUGCAGGAUUGAUAACAAAAAUUAUUCAGUAAGGAGACUCGACAUGUGAUAUAUAAAAAGAAUAAACUAUUUAUUCACUAAAA